UCUUUUCCUGCCUUUGUCAAUCGUUCGUAUUAUUGCCUGGACUGUGAACGAGGGUUCAACACCGACGAUCGGACCAAUCAUACUUGUCAAGGGAGACGUUGCUCUGCGUGUGGACGUUUUGAUUGUCCGGAGUAUGUGCGUGGCACCCGCCCCACUGAGUAUUGCUGUCUGUGUUACCGCAAGUUUUAUGGCCAUCAAUGCAAACGUUAUCAUGAAAUCAGCAAGCAAUGUCAAUCCAUCAAAAUCUGUCUCAAGUGUCAAGCCCAAUACACAGUCGUCCGUAACCAACGUCACCGGUGCGGGUACGCCAAAUGCCCAGCGUGUCAGGAAUGGGUGUCCAUCCAGAACCAUAAAUGUUACAUUCAGCCUGUGGAGGAUGAGCAUGAGGAGACUGAACCGACAGAGGAGGGGGGAGGUAGCAUGGUGGCGCCACCCCCUCCCCUGUUUGUUUACGCAGAUUUUGAAGCCAUGCAGAAUGCAGAAGGCGUGUUUGUGGCUAAUUUGUUAUGUUAUUCGUCGAGUGUCGACACCACCAUUCAUGUCUUGGACGGGGAGGACUGUGCCCUCCAAUUUUUGCGCGAUUUGGAUGAUCUCACGGAUGUUCCAGAUUGUGAGGGCGAGCGGGAGAUUCUCGUGGUGUUUCACAAUCUAAAAGGGUUUGAUGGUAUGUUCAUUCUCCAUGAACUCUACCAGCAACAACGCGAGGUCGUGGAUCAACUGACCGUGGGCGCCAAAGUCUUAUCGUUCAGAAGUGGACCCCUCAAAUUCAUCGACUCGUUGUGUUUCUUGCCUAUGCCGCUGGCUUCCUUUUCCAGUACCUUCAAUUUGACCGAAUUAAAGAAGGGGUUCUUUCCCCAUUUGUUCAACACCCCCGAUCACCAACAGUAUGUGGGUCGCAUCCCUGAUUUGGAAUUUUACGACCCCGACGGCAUGAUGGCCAAAAAAGAAAGAGGAACUGACUCGUUGGCAUGCGGAUCAAGUCCGUCGGAACGUGCCCUUCCAUUUCCAACAAGAAAUGAUUGAGUAUUGCAAAUCCGAUGUGGCUCUAUUGAAAGCUGGGUGUGAAGCCUUUCAACAAGAAUUUGAACAACAGGCGGGCUUCAAUCCUAUGGCCAAGUGCAUUACCAUCGCCAGUGCCUGCAACUUGUAUUGGCGCAAGCAUCAUUUGACCCCCGACACCAUUGCAGUGGAACCUCUCGGAGGGUGGCGAGGGGCCCAAGUCAACCAUUCCCUCAAAGCCCUCCAAUGGCUCUAUUACCAAGAACAUCUCCUUCCCAAAGAGGGAGCCAGUGCUGAUCGCAUACGUCACGUUCGUAAUGGCGGCGAACAAUCGGUCCGAACCAGCGUCGACAGUCAUUUCGUCGAUGGCUACGAUCCUGUGACUCGCACCGUCUAUGAGUUUCACGGAUGUCUCUACCAUGGCUGUCCCCGCUGUUAUCCCGCGAGAAACGCCAAACAUUAUGCCACGCCGGAUCGAACUGUAGAGGAACUCUAUCAAGCCACGCUCUCCAAACGCACGGCCUUGCUCCGAGCGGGUUAUACAGUCAUCGAAAUGUGGGAAUGUGAAUGGGACCGACUAGUGGACACGGAUGAAGCUGUUCAACAUUUCCUGAAUUCCUUCGAUUUGGUGGCGCCCCUAGAACCCCGUGAAGCCUUCUUUGGAGGCCGAACGGGUGCCGUAGCUCUGCAUGCCGUAGCUGGAGAGGGGGAGGAAAUACGCUAUGUGGAUGUGACCUCCCUGUACCCGUGGGUGAAUAAAAACUGUCCCUAUCCCAUCGGACAUCCGCGGAUCACCACGCAGCCUGCCGACCAGUCCUUGGACUCCUAUUUUGGUCUAGCCACCGUCGAUAUUCUUCCCCCCGCUGGUUUGUUCCAUCCUGUUCUGCCUGUGCGUAGCGGCAACAAGCUCACCUUUCCUCUCUGCCGUGCUUGUGUUCAGACCGAGCAGGCCCAACCCAUGUUGACCCGAACCCGUUAUUGCCCUCAUUCUGAUGCGGAUCGCACGCUACGCGGUACCUGGUGCACACCCGAAUUGGUCAAAGCGGUCGAAAAGGGGUACACGCUGAUCAAGAUUCAUGAAGUCUGGCAUUUUCCCCCUGAGCAACGCCAAACGGGUCUUUUUGCUGAUUAUGUGAACACGUGGCUCAAGUUGAAACAAGAAUCUGCAGGAUGGCCCGGCUGGUGUCAGACCCUUGAGCAAAAACGCCAUUACAUUCUUCGUUACCAGGAACGGGAAGGCAUCCAACUGGACAUUGCCAGUAUUGCCAAAAAUCCCGGCCGCAAAGCCACGGCCAAGCUCAUGCUGAACAGCUUCUGGGGCAAAUUUGGGGAGCGGAUCAAUAAACCCACCACUGUCACUGUCCAAGACCCCGCCCAAUUGUUCAAUCUCAUUUCCGAUGCUGCUCUCGACCUUAGUACGCUCCGCCUUUGCACGGACGAUAUCUUGGAAGCCGUUUACACCAGUGUCCAAGACAAUGCUGUCAAAGGCACCAAGACCAAUAUUUUUGUGGCCGCUUUCACCACCUGCCAUGCUCGACUCAAGCUCUACGAGUCUCUGGAUACCCUGCAACAGCAAGUCCUUUACUACGACACUGAUAGUGUGGUAUACAAAUGGCGGCCCGGUCAACCCAGCAUUGCCACCGGGGAUUUUUUGGGGGACAUGACCGACGAAUUGGACGGUGACGUCAUCACCGAGUUUGUUUCGGGGGGCGCCAAGAAUUAUGGGUACCAGACCCGUGGAGGCAAAGUGGUAUGCAAGGUCCGCGGUUUCACGCUCAAUGUCCGUGGAUCCGCUAUUCUCAAUUUUCAGACCAUGAAAGAGAACAUUCUCUCCGAAUUGGAUUCGCCCCAGGAGUCUCGACGCAAUUUGAAUAUCACCAACCCUUAUUAUUUCCAACGAGAUCUAGAACAAAAACAAAUUCAAGUGGUUCCGCGCGUGAAG